UUUUCCUCCUGACUUGACUCUUGUAGUUCCAGUUCGGUUGCGGUUUGAACUUCGUGUGUUAAACUGACCACCCAGUUCUAGGAGAUUAUGAGGUUUGGGCGACGGACAGCGCGAAAACAGACUAUGUCCGUUUUCUUAACGUGUUGCUCGGGAUUUACAGAUUUUAAAAGUCGUCAAUUCAUUCUUUAGUUGACGUCGAAUGAGGCUAGUAGGACCGACCAACAAGCAACUUUGAGCCCCAGCGCCAGUCGUUGGUGGAGCGGAGAGUCGUCUUCGUACCUUGCCGUUCGAAGAACCCUCAAAUAAAUUAGGUUUUACAUGUUAUAAUCUGACUUAGUUAUGUAUACCGGGACAAUGCUUAAGGUAUGCCUGCGGAAAGCUCUCUGGCCGACUGUACAGAAGUUACCGUCGGGACUGAGGCAGUCUCCAGCCGCGGCGGUUGUGGCGCUGAGACUCCCGGGGACAACGCGACACUCGCCGUGCCGCUGGAUGGGAACACAUGGGAGGAACGAGCCCAGGGAGCCGCUCAACUCUCCCAAAAGGGCCAAAGAGUUCAUUUAUCGUCUACACCCGAAUGAGAGGACGUGUUUACUGCAGGAGCUUCAGAUUUUCGAGUCCAAAGCAAUCGCUCAAGAGACUCUGGAGCCGUCGCCACCGACUGCAGCCCAGAUCAGAUAUGUUUUAUUCCACAACGCUGUCCCCUUUAUUGGGUUUGGUUUCCUGGAUAACGCCAUCAUGAUUGCAGCAGGAACGCAGAUUGAACUCUCCAUCGGAGUCACUCUGGGGAUCUCCACCAUGGCUGCCGCUGCUCUGGGGAACCUGGUUUCAGAUCUGGCAGGUCUUGGUCUGGCAGGUUAUGUGGAGGCUCUGGCUUCCAGACUGGGGAUGCAGGUUCCUGAUCUGACACCCAAACAGGUGGAUAUGUGGCAGACCCGGCUCAGCUCUCACAUGGGGAAAGCCAUCGGCAUCACCAUCGGCUGUAUUUUGGGAAUGUUCCCGCUGCUUUUCCUGAGCGAUGAUGAGGAGAAGGAGGAGAACGGGGCAGAAGCACAGCCCCGCAGUGACGCAGCAUCACAUUCCUAACAAUCCACCACAUCUCUAGCUGGAUUCUGCUUCAUGUCCACAUUACAAAGGAGUAUUUAACAAUAGAUUCCCUGUCAGGCGACUCAGGUGGCUUUCACAAUCUGGCUCGUCUUGAAUACAAACACAGCAGUAUCAUGGAAUAAUUCUUUUUGAUUCUUGCCAUUUAUUAAUUUAGUCUGUAUCACAUUUAGUUAUGUUCAGGAAAUAUCGGUCUGCAUCAUGAGGUCCUGUUCCUUAUUAAUUUUUCUAUCAGCUCCUUCAAGAUGGAUUGUUGGCAUUCAAAGAAACACUAAAGCAAUUUUUAGUUCCCUCAUUCCCCAGAGUCUGUUACCUUAAGACAUUUUAUUUUAAAGCAACAUGUUUAUCAUGAAAGUGAUUCAAUCCUAGUUGUUUGAUCACAGUGUACCUUCUUUAUUAAAAUAAUUUUAGUAUCAGCCUGAAUUAUCUAACGAUCGUGAAAAUUCCUGCUUUCAUUCGAUAGUUUUCAUUUUAAAAUGAAUCAGAUAAACGUUAAUGAUGUCAUGAUGACUGUUAGGAGACUAGAUUGCCGUUUUUAUUUUCAGUAGAGCCGUUACAGAACUUGAUUCAGCUGACUUCUGUAAAGGAGAACCAUAACAUCCUUUUCACUUUCUUUAAAAAAAGGAACAAGGUGGAACUACAUGGAUUUUCUAGUUCAGUUUUUGAUAACUGGUUUAGUUGCUGAACAACUCUAGAGGUUGUCUAGUGUGGUUAUCCUUUUUUCUGGAUGACCCUGACUUGCAGAAAGUAGCUCAACUUUAGAGUAUUGCAGAACUUGACAUUUUGACAAAAGCAACCAGAAAAGUCAAUGAAUGAGAAGCUUGUUAACACUAAUCCAUCUGGUGCCUUCACUUUAAGUUAUGGUCUAUGUUAGAGCUUGGCAUGGUAUGAUAACCUUUUAUAAAAUAUAGGUGCACUUCAAUACAAACUGUAUAUAUAUAUGAUUUAAUUACUUUUAAUUAAAUCAGUAAAGCUGCAACUAUUCCUAUUACAAAUAUGAUUAUAUUAAGGUUAUAUUAGGUAUUCUUAUUGAUAUUUUGAUUUUGGCACAUGGGUAUAAGGAAAUAAUAGAUAUAGUAGUGUUACAAUGUUUGUUGUGCAGAAUGGUUUACCUGUUUGUUAUUCCACUUUCUAUUGAUUGACUCUAAGAACAAGCUGAUCUUAGCUGUUUCAUUAUUCGAGCUAACUAGCCUGCAGUCAGCUGCUUACCAGUUAUGCUACUUGCAGUUUGCUAACUGGUUUUAUAACGGUCUUACUACAUCAGAUGUAGCACUGAUUUAGUUUUCAGUUGAGACCUAUGUUGUCUGUUUCAUGACUAGACAUUUUUCCAAGCAGAUUUCAGGGUUUCUUCAGUCAGGUUACAAGCAAUGAGAAGCAACAAGUGGAGGAGGGGCAGUGUUUUGUAACUUUACUUUUGCUACAUACAAGGGGGAAAAACUGGUCAUUCUUUCUAUCUGUUUGGCAUCUCUUUAUCAUGGCUUUAGAAUUUAGGGACAGAUUUGAAAAUGGAACUUUUUUUUUAAAAAAACAAUUCAUAAAUCAUCAUAACAAUAACCAGCGCAUGCCUGCUGAAUUCAUGCAUCCCCACUUAUAAGACAUAAAAUAAUGCAAGAAUAUUCUUUUGCUUUUCUUAAUUAAGCAUUUGUCAUUAAGUUUAACUUUUUUUAAAAUUAUAAUUAAUCAAGUGUUUGUCGCUCAAAAAGCACAAAAGCCUCCUGUGAAAGUCGCCUGAGUAGAAGCACUCACCUGGAACUGAGUCUUCCUCUUUCCAAUUAUUCCCCACAAAGGGAGGAUCAAUAGUUAGAUGUCCUAUGGACUGAAACCAGUCAGUUCUAUUUGUCAGUAGGUACCGACUGAAAGCAGAAGAUUAACCCAUUUUCAUAUGUAUAAUUUUAUUCGCAAGCUCAACUAUUAUGACUCUUUUCCACUCCAAAUAACUAAAUUAAAGCACAUUUACAAAAUUUAUUUUUGUCAUGAAUAGACACUUUAUACUUUUGAAAAACUUCAUCUCAAACACUAUUUAUUUGUAAAGAUGAUAAUCGUUACUUCAGUGGCAAACUCUAAUAGUCACUGCAGAUGAAUAUGAAAAGUCUUGUGCAACUUGAACCUUUGAUAAAAUAAAGAUGAAACAGAUAUAAUGUUGUCUGCUACCUCGACGAAUAAUGUUGUCGUUUCUGCAUGAAGAGCUGAUGUAGCUGCAUAUUCUAAUUUAUAUCAAGUAUGUUUUCCUUUUCAGUUUGAUAAGAAAGGAUCCUUGGAGGUUUUCUAUGGCUUGAUAUCAGGAAACAUUCAGUGGCAAGACACUAUUUAGAAACUGAAGGUUUUUUUUCUGUUUUUAAGGUUGUUCUGUAUCAGCUUGUUUUCUUUUGUGUUCGGCUCCUUUCUCUCCUACAUGUGCUCAACUUGAGUCCCACCAUCUGUGUAUUUUAGUUCUUUGGAAGUCAUCACAGAGGAAGCUCCAGAUGGUUGAGAUUUUUAUUUCCAAAAACAUUUAUGCAAUGAAAAAAAAAAGAAAAGGCGCAGAGAUUUCUGCAUCCCCCCUUUUGUUUGUCUGUUUUCUUGAUGUCUUGUACAACAACACAUCAGCAGAACUUCAAGGUGCUAAUAGACAAAACUGCAAGAAUGUUUUUCAUUCUCUUUGUUUUUAUGAUCAGGCAUUUUAUAUGUUUAAUAUGUUAGGAAUAGUGCCUGGAUUUCAAACUAUAUAUGCAGGUGCAUUUCAGUGAAUUGCAAUAUCAUUGAAGAGUCCAUUUCUUUCAGUAAUUCCAUAGAUUCUUGUUUGUUGUUUUUCUAUGAUUUUAUCUUAUAGUUAAUGAAACAACAAAGCUAAUUAAGUUUCAGCAUUACACAAGGACAAUAUGAUUAAGGAUUUUUAACGCAGUAAUCCCAGCCUGUUGAAAAGCAUACCUUUAUGCUGAAUUGUAUAUCCUCUCAAUACUUGGUCAAAGACCGUUUUGCAAAAAUUACUGCAAUAAUAUAAGUUGUUGCAUUAAAGGAAAUCAUUGAGGCACUACUGAGGUGUUAAGGAAGCUAAGGUUUCUUUAAUGGUAGCUUUUUGAUGUAAUUUUAUUGAUAGAUUUGGUGUCUGUUUUUCCUUCCAUCAAAUAUCACAUUGGGAUAUUUUGAAUAGCCACCUUCUUUAGCAAUGACCUCUUGUGACCUAUCCUCCUUGUGAAAAACAUUGAAGACUGUUGGACAGGUGUCAUCAACUGAAUCUUCCCUGUGAUUUUGUCCAGAAUGCAACAUUUCUGUUUUAAAAACUUUUUUUAUUUUGAACAUAGAAUUAAUUUAAUUUGUCUGAGUAAAUUUUGAGGUGAGAGCCAAACUAAUCAUAGCUUUAAUAGCUCAAAAGCCUUUUUGAUGUUCUAAUUUAUUGAAAUGCACCUGAAAGAAAAGUCACAUGUAGGAGAUUUAAGUGGAGAAAAUCCCUGUUCAUUAAACUAAUGUAAUGAUUAUGGAAUAGUUGGUGUGAACUCCUUUUUAGUUUAUGCAGAUUUUUCUUUUUUUUUGUUUGUUUUUUUAUUUUCUGGUGAUGCAGGCAUGCAACAAAGAACAAGAGCUCCAGCCUAAGUUAUUGUUACAGGUUUAGAAUGAUUGAUUCUAUUCUGACCUGGAGAGAAGCUGAACUGGUUGUUAAAUCUUUGUGUAGUUCACGGAGACAUUUAAAAAUCUGCUUGACUGUUAUGUAAGGAAGUGUGAGGAGCUGAGAGGCAUCUUAAAUUGAUCCACUGGAUCACACAUUGCUCAAUCUUUGUGUUCUUUAGUGCUCAGCUAACAUUUAAUGUAUAUUACCUUAACCAACAAAAGUAGAAUAAAAUUUGACCCAACAUUUUUGGAAAGUUGAAUCUUACCAAAAAUCAAAUAUGUUAUUUGUAAUUGUAUCUACUUUAUUGAACAGAUUAUGUAUUAUUAGAGAGAUGAGCACAAAUUGUGUGAUUAAAAGACUUAAAUGCUAAAAGAAACGCUGAUUUGAGUAUGAAAGCAGCUGCAGGAGUUAAAACAAGGAGGGAGAUACUUUGUUUCCUGCCUGCCUUGUUCAGAGGAAGAUUUGUUGUGAAGGAUAAUGAGCAAUUUAUCGUUUGUUCAGGUUUUGUAUUAAAUUGUUAGUAGUUGGGACUAAAAUAAGUAGCGUGCAUUUUGUCAGCAUGAGCAACCUGAUUUGUUUCCUUUUGCAUCAAGUUUACAUUAUGCUUGCUUAUUUUUUUUAAGAAUUAAUAUAAAUGCAAUAUUUGCUUGAUUUAAAUUUAAAAAAAAUUGUUUGAGGUAUAUGAAUUAGGAAUAUUUUUUUGUGAAAGGAAUGCAAUGUUGUGCUGCCAUCUUGUGGUCAGUCUGGAACAGCAGCUACCACGCACUUAAACAUGUUUGUACUAUAUAAAUUGUACUGUCUACACAGUGUUUUUGCAGAAUUGUGUGCAACAAAGUAAUAUAAUAAAUAUGAGAAUGUUUACUCAUUGGUC